CCUCUCAUCUGCAUAUCGCGCCACGCCCCCUCCGACGUCACCGGGCUCUGCAACCGCCGGGGCGGCGCGCGCCGCUGCUGCAGUCGCUGCGGGGAGCGCGGGGAGGAGAUGGCGUCCGCUACCGACUCCCGCUAUGGACAGAAGGAGUCCUCAGACCAGAACUUUGAUUACAUGUUCAAAAUCCUCAUCAUCGGUAACAGCAGCGUAGGGAAGACCUCGUUCCUAUUCCGGUACGCCGACGACUCCUUCACGCCCGCCUUCGUCAGCACCGUCGGCAUCGACUUCAAGGUCAAAACCAUUUACAGGAAUGACAAACGCAUCAAGCUGCAGAUCUGGGACACGGCCGGGCAGGAGCGGUACCGCACCAUCACCACCGCGUAUUACCGCGGGGCCAUGGGCUUCAUCCUGAUGUACGACAUCACCAACGAGGAGUCCUUCAACGCCGUGCAGGACUGGUCGACCCAGAUCAAGACGUACUCGUGGGACAACGCGCAGGUGCUGCUGGUGGGGAACAAAUGUGACAUGGAGGACGAGCGCGUGGUGUCGGCUGAGAAGGGCCGGCAGCUCGCCGAGCACCUGGGCUUCGAGUUCUUCGAGGCCAGCGCCAAGGACAACAUCAACGUCAAGCAGACCUUUGAGCGGUUGGUGGACAUCAUCUGUGAGAAGAUGUCGGAGUCUCUGGAUGCAGCCGACCCCGCCGUCACCGGCGCCAAGCAGGGCCCGCAGCUGUCGGACCAGCAGGCCCCCCCCCACCAGGACUGCGCCUGCUAGGGCCCCCCCUGCGACCCCCCUCACCUCCCCCUAUUUUCCCCUGGGGGCACUUUGCUGCUGAUACCUCGCAGGUUCCCAAAGGGCCGCAGUCCCUCUCGGAGCCUGCCCUGCUCCCCCCAUCAAUUAAGCUGAGCCCCCCCAACUCCCCUCCCUCCCCCCCCCCCAACCUUAUUUAUUUUUAAGCCUGGGAUGGUAGGAGGAGAAUCGCCCCCUUCUGCUUUUAAUUAAUCGCUCGAUGAGCCCAAAUUCCUCCAAAAAAAAACCUGAUUGUGGCCGUUUUGCUCGCGGUCCCCGGGGCGAUGGGGAGGGGGACGGGACCCCCAACCCCCCCCGUCCCUACAGAGGGUCCCAGCGGAGCACGGUGCUCCGGGGGCCGCUCCCCACCUCUUGUUUAUUUGUACAAAUAGAUGCUGGUCGCUGCUCCCGCCGUCUUCCUCCUUGUACAUACGACAGACUCCUUGUAAAUAGCCGUAGGUGUGACGCUGUGUGCGUGACCUGCUGUGCCGUGGCCGUGCUGAUACGUUCCUUGAUUUCCACUCCCCCCCCCCCCCCCCCCUCGGUGUGGUUUCUCUGCUUGUGAAAUAUCACUUUUCAAAGCUCUUAUUUAAAGGUGAAGAACCAAACACGGGGCUGUGGCCGCCCGGCGCAGCUCCUGUGUGCCCGUAUAGCGACGUGCUUCUGUGAGACUGUGAAUACGUGGAUAUUGCUAUAGCAAUGACUGCCCUGGAGGUCUUGCAUCCCCCUAUUUAUUUCUCCUGGAGCGCUGUGUCUUUAUUUUACAGGUUUUUCCCUCCCCCUCCCUCUCCCUGCGGUCCCGUGUUCCUCCCUUUCCCCCUUUUUCCUAUUUUUUGUGAAGUUUACUUAUGGAAGAGUUACACUGUACUGUACAAAUGUCAAAAGUGUCAAAAAGAGUACAAUUUCCUAAAAAUCACUGUAUUAAAGAAAUGUUGUGAAGAAAUAAAUCAAUGCUGAUCAGGA